AUGAUGCUUUUCGUCUCCAAAAUCUCAUCUCUGGACUGUAACCGGUUUCACAGCUGGCUACAUGAAGCCAACAAGGCCAACUUGGAGCUUCUGAAGAACAAAAUGGGAACAACCAUUCCUAUUCAAUGCAUAGGAGAGGAAAUGGACCUCUCAACAAAUCAGGAAAUCUUCACAAACAUCAAUGAAGUCCAAGUGGAGAAUGCCAAGGCAGCUAUACAAGAGAUCCUCCAACAGACUCUGCACGUCUUCAGACAAAACCACACUGAAAUGGGUUGGGAUGGCAAUUCCACAACCACUUUCCAGACCAAACUGGACCAGCAAAUUCAGAAGCUGGAAACAUGUUGGAGUGCAGAGCUGGAGCGUGGCCCCACAUCUUCAAGAGGUCAGAAAACUCUGCUCACCAGACUGAGAGUGAAAAGAUACUUCCAAAUACUCCAUGAUCUCUUGAAAGAUAAAGAGUACAGCCUGUGUGCUUGGUUGACUGUCCAGAUCCAGAUCAGGCAAUCUUUUGUGCUGACAGAUCAACUCAUCAAAAGGAUCUCUAAUGAAGCUUAA